AUGCUAGCCAAGGGAGGGUGGCGGCUUCUCCAGGACAAAGAGAGUAUUUGGCGGCAGAUCCUUCUUUCGAAGUAUGGGGGUCAGAGAGCUGAUCUUGAUGUCCUGAGGAAAGUUCAGGGAAGUUCCUUUACCUGGAGUAGCUUCUCUAAAGCUGCUGAUCUUCUUAAGCAAGGCUGUGCAUGGAAUAUUAGGAAUGGGAGAAGAACUAAGUUUUGGUCUGAUCCGUGGGUUUUGCAGGUGCCCCUGAAGGAUUUGGUGACUGGAGACAUGCCGGAGGAUGCAGAUGAGGCGAUGGUUGCUAAUUUCGUUCGAGCAGACGGCAGUUGGCGUAUUGAGCUUCUCUCAGGGCGCCUCCCACCCGAUAUUAUCAGCAAAAUUACGAGCACAGCGGUGGAUACUAUCUCUCAAGAGGAGGACUCUUUGUUCUGGGCCCCAGCUGCUGAUGGCCGUUUCUCCACUAAAUCGGCCUAUGCACUUCUCACGAAGCAAGACCAGCAGGGCACGGACGGGGUUUGGAAGGAGAUUUGGCGGUUACCAGUGCCUGAGCGGGUAAGAUGUUUUAUGUGGCUGGCGUUUCAGGGCAAGCUAGCCACGAAUGUGCUGCAUUUUCAGAGGAGGGUAGCUGAGUCGCCAUGCUGCCAGAGGUGUACUGAACAGCCGGAGACGGUGCUCCACAUUCUUCGUGAUUGCGCCCCCGCGGCUUACUUUUGGUGCCGUCAUGUUCCCAAGCAGAAGCAGCAUGAGUUCUUCAGUGAUAGCCAUGAAGUCUGGUUUCACAAGAACAUCACGAGUAAGGAGAUCAGCACAGGGAUUGAUUGGCCGGGGUUCUUUAGCAUGGCCUCUUGGCUGCUUUGGAAGAAUAGCACCACGGCCUCUUUCAAAGGGUUGAGUGCAGCUCUUUCAGCUUCUUCUCUGACGCAGUCGAUCGUGACUAAGACCAAGCUUUGGGAUGACUCUUGGCAUGCACCGGAGCUGUUCUUAAAUCACAAAAGGAAGCCGGUGGAACGUGUCGCGGCGGAGAUUGGUUGGACACCACCUUUGGAGGGUUGGGUCAUGCUUAACACUGAUGGAGCGUCGAAUGGAAAUCCGGGGCCAGCCGGAGCUGGAGGGCUUGUGCGUGACUCGACAGGUAGAUGGCUGGGAGGCGUGGUUGCUAACCUUGGAUAUGCGACGGCGGUUUUAGCGGAGUUAUGGGCCAUUUGUUAUGGUCUGGAUUUGGUCUGGAAUCUCGGGUUCAGAGUAGUAAAGAUUGCCACUGAUUCCAAGCUGGCGCUUCAGUUGAUUCAGGAGAGACAUGAUCACAUUCACCCUCAUGCCACGCUUCUGAGUCUUAUUCGAAGAAAGAUUGGUCAAGAUUGGUUGGUUAGCCUGUCUCUUACGUACCGGGAAGGGAAUAGAGCUGCGGACUGGCUCUCGAAGCACAGUCUCGUCUACCCCUACGGUAAGUAUGAGUUGGCUGACCCUCCUACGGGUAUGAUCCAUUUGUUGCAGGAUGAUGUUAGAGGUAUCACCUUUGAGCGCCAAAUUGUGGCAAACUCUCCUUCCCUCACCUAA